ACCGGGCGGCAGUGCGGUGGUGCGGCCGAAGCGAGGCGGUGGUGACGCUACAGAAGGUGUACGUCUACGACGGACACAUUCACUUGUUGCCACUCUCUUGGCCGGGCGACGAUCAGCUGACGGCUGCCGACGGCGCGCCCGUAACCAUGGCAGCAGUGGACGCCGUGCGCGACGUUGGCGCCGCCACGCGGGCCGACGCCCAAGUCAACGAGGCGAUUCAGCAGAAGAUUGACGGGUACCCCGGAAAGAUAACCGAGUCACACCACCUAGCCAUAGUUCGCACGCCGGCUGCGGCGGCGGCCCUGCUGCAGGCGUGUCCGCAGCUGCUGCCGGCGGCGGUGCAGGCGUUCUACCUGCGCGACCCCAUCGACCUCAAGGCCUGUCGCAGCAUGCGCUUCUUCCCGCCGGAGACGUGCGUGCGCACGUGCGUCACGUUCACCAAGACGCUGUACGCCCAGCUGGUGCACCAGCGCUACCGGCCGGACGUGCGCACGGGCUGGCAGCUGCCACCUGGCGGCGACCCCGGGCACCGCGCCGCCGACGUCGGCAUGAAGCUGGCGUGCGGUCUGGAGAUCCUAGCCUCGCGAUCGAGGCCGGCCGAAGACCUGGCCAACGUCGACCCCGGCCUGGACGAGCUCCGUGAUGACGUCAGGUGGCAGCGCUACGUGACGUCACUGCAGCAGAAGCGAUACUUUGGCGACGAGCUGGAGGGGUCUCGGCAGCACUCGGCGCUGACGGAGAAGGCGCGCCAGUACUACGUCACGCACAUGCUGAGCGAGACGCGGCAGUCAGCGCCCGGCGACGCCGUCCACCAGCUCAUGGCCAAGAUCAAGGUGGACCACGCCGAGUGGCGGCGCCGCGAAGCUCAGCUGCCGCCCGCCGACGACGACGCCUGGCUGGAAGUGAGCCCGGACCAGCUGGACGGCCUGCUGGCGGCCCAGUUCCAGCUGGAGCAGCAGCAGCCUGAGGUGGUGGCCGAGGAGCUGCGUGACUUCCUCGGCCGCCUCUCCGGCCUGGACGGCGUAGAACUGCCGGCCGGAGCGGACUCGGCCAGUCGCAAGAGCUCCCGCGCGCGCAAGCCCAGCCGCAAGCUGUCGGCGGCCGCCGCCCGCAAGGUGUCCACGCUGAGCCAGGCCUCGACCGCCUCCGGCGUCUCCACGCUCAGCCAGAAGAUCGACUUCAACGCGGACAGCUUCACGGACGCCAUGCGCGGCAUGCUGGACCUGGGCCUGGACGAGGCCGACUGGAGCGACGCCGACUCGUCCGGCAUGUCGUCGUACGGCGAUGAGGAGGCCUCGGCGACGCUGGACGAGUUGCUGGACGAGCCCGCCGACGGUGGUCCCGUGCGUCAGCUGAUGGCCGAGAUGGACGAGGAGCUGCGUGACACGACGCUCGCGGAGAGCUUCGUGCGCGCCACGAACGCCGUCAGGAAGGAGUCGGGCGCCAGCGCUUCGUCCGGCACGGACCUGGACGAGGCCGACGAGUUCCGACCGGUGGCUGUGGACCUCAACGUGGUGCAGAACCUGCUGCGCUCGCUGGAGGGUCAGCAGGGCGCCGGCGGCCCGGCUCAGACUGUGCUGCAGACGAUGCCGGCCGGCGCGCGCCCGCCGCAGUAGGCCGGACCGGCUGUGGACCGCCGGGACCAGCUGUGGACCGCCGGGACCAGCCGGGAACCAUCGGGACCAGCUGUUGGCCACCGCGACGCGCCAGGAGCCCUGGCGGCUGGUCGCGCGCACGCGCGCCCUCCACUUCAUGCGCGAGCGCAGCGAAGAAGACAGUGAUCUGCGCGAGCCCGAGUCUCCGACUGUCACCGUGGAGCCGGGUCUCAUACUCGCCACUGAUUGGCGGGCCUGUGGCGCACGCUAACGUCGCGUGCUGUUGUCGCAACUCUUGAUUGGACACUGGGUGACGUCACCGGCACGUCGCCGUCGCGACUUCGUGAUUGGCAGACUUGUAGGUAACGACACCCGUGCUGCUUUCGCGGCUUUUGAUUGGUCACAAAGCGUGGGGUAGGCUACGAACCCUGCUUGUAGUUUUGAUUCGUCUGACGAGAUAUGACGUCACUCGCACACUGCCGUUGCGGCUUGUGAUUGGCCAGGAACAUGACUCCGCCGCCGCGCUCCCUCCGCGGCCACGAUUCGUCGCUGAAUGACUGCUCUUCACGUGUCUCCACUGUUCACCAUUUCAUCGGCCACCGUCCCGUGUGUGUGCGCCGGCCGCGCGGGCCUCGUUCCUUUUUGUCUUGCCCCGCUGGUGUGUCUGCGCCGACGGCGGCGCGCCGACGGGGCGCCCGCGCCGACGGAGAAGAGCGGGCGUCGCGGCCGGCAGCCGUCGUCGCCCGCUGUGGGGUGGCGGCAGUGCCUCGCGUCAGCCGCGGGUCGCCUCCACGGCUCCUCGGACCGGUUGAGUCGCGUCCUCGACUUCGCGGGCUGGUGGAGAUGUAUCGGCCGCCGCCCCAGUGUACAUAGAGAGCCGAAGGAAGCCAGUAUUGCGGAUUGCGUUGGGUCACGCAUGUAGUGGCCCACUCUCUAUACAUAUAUAUGUGAUAACUGCUGCAAUAGCCCCCACCCCCACUCCCAACCCCCACUUCCGCACCGGAUGCCCCGCCCGAACAUUUUCUUGCGCCCCCCCCCCCCCCCUCCCUGGCCGCAUCCUCCACGCCCCUUCAAUUCUAAUCGGUCUGCUUUUUGUACAUACGCUCAGUCGGUAGUACGACCGCUUCGGAAGGAAGACGCGCGGAAACUGCCCGCCUUGUGCGGCGGAUGCCCUCUCCGCGAUCACUUCGUGGAGUUGGCUCCCGCAUGCGGGCGAACUGCUCCGCUCUUCCGUUUUCGGUAGCGAUCGGUCCCUCAGCCCCCCCCCCCCCCCCCGUCCGUUCAUCCCCCCUGCUUCGGCACCGUCGGCUGGCCCGGCCCGUGUUUUUACUUUUGAUAUGUGGUCGUGUCGCGCGCCUGUCGCGCAUCGGCAGCAGCCGCCGCAGUGCACAUGCGUGACUUGUUGAUACGGGAUUAUGGUAGGAGGUGAAGAGGGACGGGCAUUGGUUUGUUGAUUUACGUGGUGCGGCGCGGUGGCGCGCGCCGGCGCCAGCCAGGCCCCGAUGCGCGGUGGCGCCGCCGGGUGUCUGCUGUAGGCCCUGCGCGCUCCACAGGACUUGGGGUGGAGACUCGGCACGGAUUGGAAGCCCGGCACAUUCCGGGGAGCGCUCCCCGUGUGGAGAAACGCUGCUCACUGCGCGUGCUUGUAGUUUGUAUUAUUUAUUUGUGAUAUUGAAUAUAUGUAACUGCACAGAG